GUGGAGGAGAGGAGGGGGAGGUGUAGAAAGAGUAAGAUACCAGCAACACAGGCAGAUAGCGAGAUACACUAGGAGAAGAGAGGCUUCGGUGUAAAGAGUAUGAGCAUCUUAACAGAGCAGCUCUACUGGGAGUCUUGCUCCUAAUCCGAGAGGAAGCUUUGGAUACUGUCCACCCAUCAUCAGCCUGAUUUGCAAAAUGUCUGACUUUGAGGAUUUCAGCAAGCUGGGAGGGCAGGCGAAUGUGUCUGAAAGCCACCAGCUGAACCCCACCAGUGUGAUUGUGUCAGUGGUCUUCUCCCUCAUCUUCCUCCUGGGCACCAUCGGCAACAGCCUGGUGCUCGCUGUGCUUCUGAGGAGCGGGCAGGUGGGAUACAACACAACCAAUCUGUUCAUACUCAACCUGAGCGUGGCUGACUUCUUCUUCAUCAUCUUCUGCGUUCCUUUCCAAGCCACCAUCUACUCUCUGGAGGGCUGGGUGUUUGGUUCCUUCAUGUGCAAAGUGGUCCACUUCUUCAUUAACCUCACCAUGUAUGCCAGCAGCUUCACACUGGCCGCUGUCUCUGUUGACAGGUAUCUGGCCAUUCGUUACCCGCUGCGCUCCAGAGAGCUACGGACCCCUUGGAACGCAGUGGUUGCCAUGGUGAUAAUCUGGGGUCUCUCCCUGGUUUUUGCGGGUCCUUAUCUCAGCUACUACGACCUUAUCGACUACGCCAACAGUACUGUGUGCAUCCCCGGCUGGGAGGAGCAGAACAGGAAGGUGCUGGACACGUGCACCUUCCUGGUUGGCUACGUCAUCCCCGUGCUGAUUGUGAGUCUCUCGUACACUCGAACCAUCAAGUAUCUGUGGACGGCUGUCGACCCUCUGGACGGCAUGUCAGAAUCCAAGAGGGCCAAACGCAAAGUCACCAAAAUGAUCAUCAUUGUCACCGUGCUUUUCUGCAUCUGCUGGCUGCCGUACCAUGUGGUGAUCUUGUGCUACCUGUACGGAGACUUUCCUUUCAAUCAGACCACCUAUGCCUUCAGGCUUCUCUCUCACUGCAUGGCCUACGCCAACUCUUGCGUCAACCCCAUCGUGUACGCUCUGGUGUCCAAGCACUUUAGGAAAGGCUUCAAGAAAGUGUUUAGCUGCAUUCUCAGUAAAAAUGGGAGAAAUAAGGUCCAUGUGGUUCAUGUAGCCAACACUGUGCCCGGGUUUGAAGCAGGCUCCACUGAGGUGUCACAGAUGAACGAGGAGAACAUACGACAGAAUGAGUGUGAAAUGAUAAGCAGGCGGAUUGUAGAGCCAAGAGAAGCCACAGUGGCACUGAAUUUGCCAUUUCAGCGGCAGACUUGACAAGUGAUUCAGCUUUUCUGACAGGCUCAGUACAGAUUGCCUUAUGCGAAAGACAUUGCAGCUAUGUGUUAACGUCUCAUCAUGCCAUUCAGGAGAUGAGAUGAAAGGAAACAUGAAGCAUUCAUUUGCAAAAGUAGAUAUCUCUGUUUUUGUUAUUUUACUAAAUCAUGUUAUUUUGUGUGCAAUCCAGGGAAUAUCAUUCAAAAUUGGUGGCAGGUUGUUUUGAUAAGAGAUCUCAAUUUUGGUUUCAUUUUCAUAAAUCCCCUUUUUUAUUGUGCACUCAAGGGAAAAUCAAUCAAACUAGUGUUGGUUCAUUCAUUUUUCUGAAUGGCUUUUAUCCAUUUUUAACAAAUGAACUCUUCAUAGUUACGCAGAUAAAUAGUGUGAUUGUGUAUAUGGUGAGUCCACAACCAAAAAUAUGUUUGUUUCAUCAUUUCUGUCAAGUACUUACUCCCACAAUGCUCCAUUAACAGAUCCGAAAGGUUUGUUAGUUUUACUAAAAGUGAAUUCUCAGUAUUUCCUGUUUCCACCAUUUGCCUUAACCAUGGCCCGUUUAUUUCUAGUUCCACAAGCAUUUGAGACUCUACAUUAUUCCAGCACUUUUUAACAGCAGCACAUAAUGUGUCUCAUAAUAUUUCAGUUAUGUUUUACCUUUUCAAUGGUCACUAUCUUUGACUGUAGCACAUAUGUCCUUAUGUGGUCUUUUUCUCACAUAAACUCAACUGCAGAUGUAAUCUUCAGCAGUCAGAUGUUGAUUAGUUUAAAGUGUUAAGCUGCAUCUCAUAACCCCUAAAUCGCCUCCUGAACUCCUCCACUUGUCUCCUUUCCUUUCCUCGGGUUCUUAGUCCCUCCCACCGAGGAAGCAAGAGAGGAGAUAGGCAACGAGCAAAGAGAGAUGAGACAUCCUUUCUUUUGAAUCGUCACAUAACUUUGUCGGCUGUUUGGGCGGAGUUAGCAACUCCUUCAGCUGCAGAGCUUCUGGUAAAGGUGUUCUCGUGUAUCCUCACUAAUGGAUCCUCAGGUGAUCCCUCCUCGAUGCUCGCUCCUCGGUUCUUAGGGCAGGAAUAAAAGCUUUGAGACGGUCUUCACCGUGGAGGGACAGAACAACUUCUUGUUCAGCCGAGGACGGAGGAGUCGAGGAGCUAUCAAAUAAGGGUUAAGAUGCGCCUCUAGUCUACUAUUAAGGUUGUGCAUUUUCUAACUGCAGGGUGUUAUUCGGUCCGUUUCACUUGUAUCUUACAUGCAGAUGCUAUUCUGUCUUGUCAAGAUAUAUCUGGCAUAUUUAAAUUAUAUACUGUAUGUUAUAACAUAAACAACUUUACAAAGAUUGCGUGCAAACAUGAUGUACCGUUGUAUUUCAAUUUCGUACCAGCAUUUAAAAUCUCAAUAUUUGGAUUGAAAUACAUUCUGGUGCAAGAAAAAGUUUAAGAAUCAGGUGUCAAAUAAAUUUGGUAAAAGCUUAUUUGACAAAUAUUUAAACAAUUCAUGGUAAAAGUCAGACUCAAGUCUUUUCAGACCCCUACUAGAAAACUGGACACAUUUUCUUUCUUUACUUGUAUUUUGCAAUGAUAGUAGUCAUGGCAUGUUUCUCUUUGGUGUAAAAUAUGAUGUAUUUAAAUUAAUGUUUAUCAAUGAGUGUACAAAUUAAGAGUUAAGUAUUUUAAAGUUGUGUAUUUUGUCUAUAUUCUUCAGUAUCUCUCUCUGUUGUGUCCUAUUUUAGAGCUGUACAGAGAAAAGCUUACAUGUGUUUUAGCUGUGUUCUGUUCAGAUUAUGUAAGAUGCAAUUUUCCUCUUGAGAGACUCAUUCACAGACGGAAUGUUCUCCUUUGCACUGACCAAUUUUCCUCCUGUUUGUUUUCUGUGAUUUUGCCUGUUGCAUCUAAAUGUGUAUAAAUUAUCUCUCUGUUUAUUCUGUUUUAUCAUUUGGACUUUCAAACUUAAGAGCUUGUAGAUUUUAUG